AUGGCGUCGAAACGAAGCGCGAAGUCGAAGGGAGUACGAUUGAACGGUUCCAGAGCUGCAAAUUCGCCAACGUCUUCAACGACGUCGUCGUCCAAGCAGUUUCUAGAAACUUCCGUGGAUGGUCUGAGCUCGCCGGCGUCUUCUUCCGCUCGGAGCAAGACGCCGUACUCGUUUUCCGAAAGCUUGCCUUUGGACGCGAAGGAGAAUGUGACCGUUACGGUUCGGUUUCGUCCUCUGAAGGAAAUUCGCCAGGGAGAGGAGAUAGCGUGGUACGCUGAUGGAGAAACCGUGUUGCGGAACGAGUAUAACCCGUCCCUAGCUUAUGCUUACGGUCUUGAGAGAAUGUGUGAGAUAUUGGUUGGAAGAUCUAGAGAUCGUGUCUUUGGUCCCACGACUACAACUAGGCAGGUCUAUGAUGUUGCAGCUCAACAUAUUAUCAGUGGUGCUAUGGAGGGUAUCAAUGGUACAAUAUUUGCAUAUGGUGUAACAAGCAGUGGGAAGACUCAUACAAUGCAUGGAGAAGAAUCCCAAUUGAGUCAAGUAAAACCACUAUCUAGCUUGCUUGAGCACAAUUAUGACUACCGGAGGAUACAUGGUGAUCAAAGAUCUCCAGGAAUUAUACCCCUUUCUGUGAAGGAUGCUUUUAGCAUUAUCCAAGAGACUCCAAACCGAGAGUUUCUUCUUCGAGUUUCGUACCUGGAGAUCUACAAUGAGGUGGUUAAUGACUUACUAAAUCCAGCUGGACAGAACUUAAGAAUCAGAGAGGACGCUCAGGGACCCUUCGUUGAGGGAAUAAAGGAAGAGGUUGUACUCUCCCCUGCUCAUGCACUGUCCCUUAUAGCAGCUGGAGAAGAGAGUAGUCCAUGUGGUGAAAAUAGUGAAGGAGAAGCAGUAACACUGUCUCAACUGAACCUCAUCGAUCUGGCAGGUUCUGAGAGCUCAAGGGCUGAAACAAUUGGCAUAAGGAGGCGAGAAGGAUCUUACAUCAAUAAAAUUGUUGUGCUUGCUCAGGAGUUUGCUUCUAAAAAUAGUCAUGAAGUUUCUCUCGAAGUUUGUAGGUGUGUGUGCAAGAAAGCUAAUGGUCUCUUUGGUUCUAGGGGAGAGGAUGUAAAUAAGGAUGACGGAAUUAAAUGGGUUUGUUGGGUUAUUUCAAAAUUGACUGAAGGCAGAGCUAGUCAUAUACCUUAUAGGGACUCCAAAUUGACUAGAUUACUUCAGUCUUCUCUCAGUGGUCAGGGACGUAUAUCUCUCAUUUGCACAGUGACGCCUUCAUCAAGUAAUGCUGAAGAGACACAUAAUACAUUGAAGUUUGCCCACCGGGCAAAGCACAUUGAAAUACAAGCAGCCCAGAACACGAUAAUUGAUGAAAAGUCACUUAUCAAGAAAUACCAGCAUGAGAUUAAGUGCUUAAAGGAAGAAUUGGAACAAAUGAAGCAGGGUAUCAUCUCAGUUCAGCCAAAACAAACUGGUGAAGUUGACUUUGUGCUCCUAAAACAAAAGCUAGAAGAUGGUCAAGUCAAGUUGCAAUCAAGAUUGGAAGAAGAAGAAGAAGCUAAAGCUGCGUUACUAGGAAGGAUUCAACGGUUGACUAAGUUAAUUUUGGUCUCCACCAAACCAUCACACUCAACUAGAUUUUCUAACAGACCUGGUCCUCGUAGAAGACAUUCUUUUGGUGAAGAAGAGUUGGCAUACCUUCCAUACAGAAGGAGGGAUUUGAUCUCAGAUGACGAGGACACUGAUCUACAUGUUAAUCUAGAGGGGAAUGCUGAAAAAGCUGAUGAUUCUUUUAAGGUGGAGAAAAAGACAAAGAAACAUGGGUUACUAAAUUGGUUAAAGAUGCGGAAACGAGAUACUGGGUUAAGUGCCUUUUCAGGCACCAGUGAUAAAUCAUGUGGAGCAAAAUCUGUUAGCACACCUUCUACUCCUCAAGCUGAAACUUGUAAUCAUGUGGAGUCCAGACGUUCCCAUUCUGUACCUGCACAAAGCUCUCCAUCAGCGGAUUUUGUAUCAGCAACAAGAGAGGAUAAAGAAAUUGGUGAGGGUAGUUUAUUGGGACAAGAGACACCUUUGACAAGCGUUAAAUCGAUUGAUGAGAUUGAUCUGUUGAGGGAGCAACAAAAGAUUCUGUCAGAAGAAGUAGCUCUUCAUUCAAGUGCUCUGAAGAGAUUGUCUCAGGAAGCGGCAAAAUAUCCUGAUAAGGAUCAGAUUCAUGUGGAGAUGGAAAGGUUAAAAGGUGAAAUUAAGGCUAAGAAGGAACAAAUAGAUUUUCUGCAAAAGCAAAUUGCUGAUUCUUCCAUUGCCUCAGAUAAGCUGGAUGAAUCGGGGGUAUCGCUAAAUCUCACGGAGCUGAUGGCACAGUUAAAUGAAAAAUCCUUUGAACUGGAGGUCAAAACAGCGGAUAACCGUAUAAUUCAAGAACAGCUUAAUCAGAAGGUCCGUGAAUGUGAAAGCCUUCAAGAAACAGUUGGCUCUCUGAAACAGCAGCUUGCAGAUGCAUUAGAGUUGAGAAACUUAAGGCCUGUAUUCAAUCAUUCUCAACAUUUCUCUACAACCAAAGACUACCAUGGUGAACCGUACCUUGAAAAGGAAACUGCCAUGAUAACCAAUUCAAAUGAAAAGAUUCUUUUGCAACAGCAGGCAAGCGAGAUAGAAGGGCUGAAGCAGAAGUUGACGAAGCUAACAGAAUCAAAAGAACAGCUAGAACUUCGGAAUCAGAAACUCGCAGAAGAGAGUUCAUACGCUAAAGGCCUUGCUUCAGCUGCUGCCGUGGAGCUUAAGGCGUUGUCAGAAGAAGUUGCCAAACUAAUGAACCAGAAUGAGAGAUUAUUGGCUGAACAGGCUGUAUUGAAGAAUUCUCCUGGCCAACGUAGAAGUAGUGGAACCGGAACAGUCCGAAAUGGAAGAAGAGAAAGUCAUGUUAGGCGAAAUGAUCCGGGGGGAUCAAAUUCUGAUAUCAAUAGAGAACUGGCCUUAAGUAAAGAAAGGGAACUUUCAUACGAAACUGCUCUUUUAGACAGGGAUCAUAAAGAAGCCGAGCUUCAAAGGACGAUUGAAGAAUCAAAGCAAAAAGAAGCAUAUCUAGAAAAUGAACUAGCCAACAUGUGGGUUCUAGUAGCUAAGUUAAAAAAGUCACAUGGAGUUGAAACUGCUGUUUGA